GUUUGACGGCACCGCUUCGACUCGUCCUCCCCUCCGCCGCACAAGCCAAGCAAACGCCGCCUCCCACUUCCUUCCUCCUCCCAGCUAGGGUUUCAUCCUCCCCGCGCGACGCGAACGCGAUUCAGGGCAACGCGCGGUGAUGGCGACCCCGGCGCCGGCGGACGCGAAGGCGGAGGCGGCCAAGAUGGACCUCCUCGAGGACGACGACGAGUUCGAGGAGUUCGAGAUCGACCAAGAAUGGGAUGAUAAGGAGGAUGGUGAUGAGGCCAUCCAACAAUGGGAGGACGAUUGGGAUGAUGAUGAUGUUAACGAUGACUUCUCUCUUCAGCUGAGGAAAGAGCUGGAGGAAUGCAACACCCAGAAGAGCUGAACUACUUCCCCAGUUAUGUUUACCUGUAGCGCACCUAUGCUGGGUCAGGCACUGUAUUAUCCUUUUUGUGCCCCAUUGCUUUCUGAACCUGCAAUGUUCCUGCCGUACAUUUGCUUAUGUGCUGAGACCUGCAAUCAAACCUAAUUUGUGGAAGUGUUAAACCAA